AUGGCCUCCGUGGCGGUAGCUGCAGCGGACGAUGAUGAUGACAUUUCCACCACCUCCACUCUAUCGAGUGAACCACAGUCGGAUUACGAAGUGGAGGAGAUUCUUGCCGAGAAGGAGUCACGCGAUGGGAUGCUAUACCUGGUAAAAUGGGCUAAUUAUCCUCUUGACAGGUGUUCUUGGGAGCCAGAAGAGUGCUUCAAUACUCACCUGACCCUAGUGGAAUGGUCCGAAAAGAAAAAAGCGAUUAAAGAAGGCAGACUGGACCCGUUUGAUCACGUCCAGUGGCAGCGUGAACAGGAUGAUCGCGAAAAGGCCAAGGCCGAGAGGAGGAACAAACGAGAAUCACAAAGAAGAAGGAUACGACUGAGCAGCCUCGUCAAUGCUAAGAUAUUCGGAGGUUCCCACAAUAUUUCCCAACGCGGUCAUGCCAGCGGCGGUGAAAUAGCCUCAAGUAACCCACACCCUUCCAUGCCGGCGAAAAGCCAUAGCUCGCUCUCCAAUCCCUCUUUGAAAUCAUCUUUCCAAUCUGUGUCAUCGAAUAGGGCGCCGACGAAUCCUUUACUUCUGAAGCCACCUCCCGUUCUUUUUGGUAGCAGCUCGGCGCCAGUUCGGGCCAAGAAGACGACCCAAAAUACUGACUCUAACAAAAUUUUCAACUUGUCGACAAAGCGGAGAUAUGAGAAGGCAAAGACGUGGGAACCUGCCCCUGAUAUCAACCAGCUGCAGCUGUUUACACCUGCCGAUUACCGUCCAUCUGUUGUUAAUGCAGCAAAAAAGGGCAGCGUUAGUAGCUCUCCCAGCGUGGAGAAAUUGGGCGAAGUACCGCAAGGAAACGAUGCUCAUACGCCUGCUGUCACCGCAGCAGUGUUGGGUUCCGAUAGUAGUUUUUCUGCGCCGAAGAAAUUAGAUGAAGCUAUGAAGGGAAAAGAUGGUCACACGCCUGUCUCUAAUGCACUCUCGAUUCAUCUCCCCAAGACUGCGACUAUGGAAUUUAACCCGUCUCCUCACGCCUUGCCUGGUACUCGCAGCUCCAGUCAUACGAAUGGGAGUCCCAUCAAGGACUUGGAUAAUUCCAUCUCCAGCUGGGACCAUAUAUCGGAUAAUGAAACUAGUAUACCAUCCAGAAAGCCUGGUUUUAGAAGUCGUUUUGCAAGCAAUGGGCGGUUUUGGAAGCCUGACGAGGUACUAGUCGUCAUAUACUAUGGGCCGGAUAAGAAAGAAAUCGGCCAAGCCAGAUUAUGUGGUCUCUCUGCCGAGAGCAAGGGUCGAAUCCUUUUAUCUAAGAAAAAUCACCGAGUAGAUAUCUGGUUUCAAGAACUUUGCACCCGCAACGAUUACGAGCAGCUAUGCCAAAACCAGAAAAAUUUUUACUAUGAUUCCGGAUGGAUUGAAGGGUUUGAUGACACGGAACCAAAUAUCUACAGAAUGGCGCGAGAUCUUCGACAAAGAAGGCUCUUGGCGGUGUCUUUUCCUGAGAGAGAACCACAAAACAUCCUGCUUGCUUACCCCCCUGACUCAGCGGACUUUAGUUUUCUCCAAGAUAACCUUAGAAGGAGAUCUGAUGUCUUUCUCUACCUCUCUGUGAGGAGCGCUUUCAAGCCUCAUUUGCGGCCCUCUUUUUAUCCUCAAAGGAAACAGUGGACUAAUACGAACACAUCGGCAAGGCCGCCUCUCAGUUCUGCAAGCCUGGAACGCAUUGAUGUCAGGAACCGAGUGGAACGCUUUCGAACUACCCAAGAUGGGGCCAAUGAUCAUGAUGAUACCAUCAGUGUGGAAGUUCCAAAUCCGCCGUUUCCCCAGGAACAAACCUCCCAUAACCAAUCCACCAUCGAAACCGAACGAAAUGAAGCACAGGAAGCAUCGCAUAUAGAAGGCCCUUCGUUACCAACCGCUGAGAACGCGUCAGUGGAUAUUGGUGAACCAAUGGAUCUAGACCAGCCCGCUCAACUCCCUCUGACCACUUCUGGCCCUACCAAUGAAGAGAGCACCCCCCCUGGCCUGUCUGCUUCAGAUUUUGAUUUGGAUGCAUGGUUUGAUGUCCAAUAUGGAGUGACCUUUGAAACAUUGCUCGAUUCAAAGAAAACAGCAGGAUUCUAUGUCAUGUACCCAGGUGACUCUGGGAACCCAGAUAAACAGUGUAACGAACAAUGUGAGAUCUUGAUGGUGUUUCUGCAAAAACAUACCACCCAAACAUAUUCUAGUCAUCAACCCAAAGAUUGGGAGACACUCAUAUUGAUGGAGCGAGGGGUAGCGCUGUUUCACGAAAGCUUUACCGAUUACUCCUCCAUACCGGCGCUUAACACCCUUCUGCAGAAAGGUAAUACAAGCUUUUGGAGUUUCUCUCUAGACAACCCUCACGCAUAUUCCGACCACCCAGCACACUUUCAGCGCAUAUUCCCUCACGGAACUGUUUUCUUGGUCACGGAAGAUUUAAUGUUCCAAAAACCAGAAAAAACUCUCGCCUUUCUUUCCUGGUUCCUGGACAAAUCUCGCGAGAGAUUUCCUGGGACUUGGCGACUUAUGUUGCGUCCAAAUAUCUUAAAAUGGAUACAGGAGCAAAUGUCGAAGCAAGAGGCGAGACGGGGCGUGUGGUUCACCAUGUACCAAUUGAUCACAGAACUCAGUAAUCUUGAGAGUGGGAAUAUGAGCGCCUCGACGGAGGAGCUUCUGGGAAGCAGUAUCAUUUCUCCCGAUCUCCCGUCUUAUGACAAGCCUACGGAGCACAACAAAGAUUUGACCCGUGAGCAAAUAAGGGCAGACAACCUGGCCGAAUUCUUCGCAGGCUGGGUCCUUGUCAACCGCCACCGAUUUCGACGUUUUGCCAUUAUUACGGGGAUCGAGCCACUGCCACGAUGGACAACGUGGCAACAUGUGGCGAUCAUGCACGGCUACAAAUCCUCCAUUUUCUCAUACAGAAUCGACUACGAGCUACAAUGGUCCAGACUGAAGGGUCAGAAACCCGGAUCUUCUGCAGAAGAAAAGGCUCAACACACUCCCACUCCCUACACCCCACAGACACCCAAAGCAAGUUCUCGGCCUAGACCGUCUGUGUCUUCCCCCGUGAAUCAUAACUAUCCUCAACCAUAUCAGUGA